ACCCCUGCGCAUGCACCGAUGGCUACUACCCUGUUGGGAAAGAGGGCUGGUCUCCUGGUGUUAGCCGUGGAUAUGAGUUUACCUGCUGUCUCGGCAACAGCCCAAGCAGCUGCGGGGAGGAUAAGUAUGCAGGUAUACUUUCUGUCGCCCUUCUGUGCAUGGGCCUCAUUGGCAUGGCGGUGUGCACAUACGUCAUGAACUACUGCAACGGGCUGGAGCCCCUUACAAAAGAGGACAUCGCCGUUACCGAGAGGCCCAGAGUGCACGAUGGAGAAAGGCUUCACCAGACUGUCGGGAAACACAAGUGGUGCGUAACGCUCAAGGACCUCAGGCAGUUUCGGCGCCUCGUCCGGCAUGCUAUUGCCGACGGGGUGAUCAAACCUACCGACCAAGACCCGUUCGAUACAGAAGACACAAGUAUCGGCCCUUCCAUGUACACUGUCAACAUGCAGUAUAUCCAGCCAGUAACAGCUGCUGCUGGUAACCCAAGCUGGGCCUUGAUGCUGCACCCAGAGGGCUUGAAAUGCGAUCUGUUCAUAACGCAUGGCUGGGCGGAGGGUGUUUUCGAGUUCGUUGACCAAGUGGUAAACUCGUGGCCCUUUGGCGCGAAAGCUGCCUAUGUUUGCUUUCUGUCCACCCCGCAGAACUUGGACAUUGCAGAGAUGAUUGAACGUCCAGAGGAUUCGCCCUUUGCAAAGGCAUUGGGGUCUGCAUCACAAGUGCUGGCAGCACCCAACCACAAAAAAAGCAUCUACACGAGGGCCUGGUGCGUCUUUGAAGCCUACCUUGCAUUUUCUUGGGGUAAGGCAAUUUAUACUGCCACAUCUCCGCCAUCCCACUUUUGGGCAAUGUCGUUGCGGGCAGCAAGUUGGUCCGUACUGAUGUUGGGUGUUUGCUUCUGCAUGAUGAUGCAUGGGAACAGAAACUGGGCUCUCUGGAGCGCUGCUCAGAUCGCAGUCGCAGCGUACAUUUUCGGAGGGCUGGCCGCCAUCAGUGCCUGCUUCUUUGCAUAUUUGAUGGUAACUGGCAAGCAUCACUGGAAGACCACCAAAGCUGCUGUAUUUGCAUGCAGCGCUUUUGCAGCAGGCUACCUGGCGACCAACAUAUUCCAGACAUCUUUCAGGAGGCCGCCAUACUUUGUCCCUUUCCUGAUGUUUCCGUUUUGUUUCUGGGCCAUGGAGUGCGAUCGUUUACUGGGCAUCGAAGCUGCGAAGCAAGCCAGGCAGCUGCGAGAGGGCUUCACUGGGAAUCCGGCCGAUGGCAUGCGGAUACGCAACACCAUUGAGCAAAGUGGAGCGGAAAGGGCUGUCGAUGCGACUGUGGCUGUGCUGCUUCGGAUGAAUUUGUCCACCCCAGAGUUGCGCCUCGCCACGGCGCACGCGGGAUCCUUGGGAAAUGCUUCCAACUGGAGCCGCAGCAUCUUCACCACUACCCUUACUUUCUGGGUAGCGCAGGCGUUCAAUACGGCUCUGUGGAGGAUGGAGCAAGGGUUUCAAUGGAUCCCUUAUGCUGCUGCAACUGAAGCUAUCAUUGUUGUUAUAGGCCUCCCUUUAUUACCUCGAGAUCGAGGACCCUUCGCAGAGAGAACGCAGUCAGCUCUUUUGCUGUUUAUUCCAGGGUUUCUUGGAAUUAUUGGUGGCCGAUGGUAUGACGCCAUAUUGAACGGCAUAGUCUGUCCCCUGAUCAUACUUGUGGCUUUUGCUGGGCCUGCGCGCACCUCGCGCAUACCCGCUCUGGGUCCCAUGCUGGUUCGCUUACUCUUUGCGCGUAAUCCCCUAAAACACUCCUCUCCUGACCAGACGGGAGUAUUGGAGGGUCAUGCUGGAAAGCUGGCGCCGCCUGCGCCGGAAGACGAUUAUGUGUCGAUUUGA